AUUGUAUCGGCAGAAAUACAAGAACUUUGGUUGCAUCUGCGAUUGAAAACGUGCUUUUGGAGUAAAAAAACCCCAAGAUUCAAGUUUUUCGCCUAAAACGAAGCUGUUUGCAUUGCCAGUUGAUUCAGCAGUUUUCAAGGUCGACCUUUGGUGCUUUCUAUCAGGGAAUUGAUGCCGAUCAGAUGUCAGUUCAAGGAGUUUUUAUAGCACUGUCUGUGAUUUGCUUCUUAAAAGCAUCUCACGCAGAAAUCAGCUGGUCUGGGGAACUUGCAUACCCACUGCCAUCAAUAUUAGAAGAUCGGGUGUAUACAACCUCAUCUGAAGGCGAGACAGUCUCUUUACCAUGCAAGACAAGCUGUGAAUGCCGGGAAUCUGACAAGAUCACGUUGUCAUGGCAACAGAAUGGGCAACAGCUGGUAGCAGAUGCUAAUACGCGAAUACUAAAAGAUGGAACACUGGAAAUACAGAAUGUGACGAGUAGUUUAGAAAAUAUCGAAUUUAGAUGCGUGGCAAGUGUUGGGAACUGGUCUGUUACAAGCGUUGGCAGAAGAAUCAGAGUGUUUGGCGACAGUAAGAACCCGGUGAGUUUGCAGCCAAGCAGACAAUCGUUGCCCCCUAGAAAUACUCUUAUCUUGAGUUGUAAUGUCGAAUUAGUACCGGAUUCAAGCAUUCAGUGGUACAAGGACGGGGGACUGCUGACAUUGAAAGACAGUGUAAAGGCCAGCACGUUGCCAGGGGGGUUCCUAGUUGUGAGGAAUGUUGAUGCUAGCGAUGCCGGAUCUUACCAAUGCAGGGUGCGGAUGCAGGUUGGCAAGGAGUUUGCAAGUAACAAAGUAGACUUCGUUGUUGCUCCCCCUCUGGAGGUGCACACCCCACCUACCUUUAGUUACUGUCCUGAAAGCGUGGAUGUUACCGAAGGUCAAUCUGUGUCCAUACCAUGUGCAGCCACAGGGAGCCCAACUGCACUUGUCACUAUCUCACAUGAUGUACAACCAGUUCCGAACGUUGUUGCCACAGGCCUACAAGCUGCAGUGUACAGGAUAGAAAAAGUCGGACCAGGUCAUGCUGGAAAAUAUGUUUGCUAUGCAAAGUCCGGAGAAGCGAAGAUAACACGCAACAUUUGGCUCAAAGUGUUCUCGCGCCCAAAGCUGUCGCCAGCCCCUUCGAAACGAAAACUCACUCCCAGUAGGUUUCCUUUGUCCAUCACGUGUCCAGUCAUCGGUAAUCCACCGCCAAAAAUCACGUGGUACAAAGAUGGAAAGAGGCUGGCUGCCACAGAGCAAUUGAGGUUGGAUGACUCUGGUAGUGUGUUGAUCAAGUCAGUGCUACAAGAGGAUGUUGGGAUAUAUCAAUGCAUUGCGGCCAACAAGGUUGGCUUCGUAAGCCAUGCGACCUUUGUUUUUAUAGAUAACGCACUUAGGCCCCCAAUUAACGUGAAAGCCGUUGCAUUAUCUGCAACAUCUGUCAAUGUUACCUGGCAACCGAAUCCGUUGAACAACAACAACGCAGUACUCGCUCACAUUGUGUUCUACGAAUAUUUCACCAGCUCCCUGAAACGCGCGAAGAAAGAGCGCGUCGUUGGUGAGGUAUCGGCGACGCACUGGAAAAUUGACCAGCUACUUGGAGGACGACUCUAUUCCAUCUACCUGUCGACAUAUGGCCGAAAUGGACAAAAGAGCGGUAACUCUCAAGUUGCGCGUGUUAGGACACUUGAAAGUGUUCCAGGAAUGUCCCCGCGGCCACUAAAUGCAGUGAACCUUGGAAAUAAGACAAUUCGUGUUAUUUGGACGCCCAUACCUCCAGAAAUUGCUAACGGUCGCAUCACUCAGUAUAAAGUUGAAUAUGGAAUUGCUGGAUUCAACCGCGAGACUAUUUUCGUACCCGCGGGAAAAACGCAGGUUGAUAUCAUGGAUCUUGAACUUGGUGAACUGUACAUAAUCGAGGUUUCUGCAGCAACUAGCGCGGGAUUCGGCGAGGCAGCAAAAUCAACCAUCAAGACGGGUGACCCGGAAAUCGCAAGUGAGAAAGGCCCCCAAAUGGAACUGCAUCCUGUAAAUUCAUCAGCCGUUAAGAUCACGUGGACACUAAGGACAAGCGGCUACAUAACCGGAUUCAGAUUGGUUUGUGUACCUAUUGUAGUUGCGGAUUACUGGCACGAAGUUCGUAUAAUCAAUCUUAAAUCCGACGAACGCUUUUAUGUAAUGCGGAACCUCAAUUCUGAAAAGGAUUACAGAUUCGAGUUAAGGAUUGUUUCGGGCCCGGUCAUGAGUAAAUCAUCUAUUAUUAUCCACAGUGUUGAUAAGGCACCGGCAAUACCAGGUGAUCUGGAUUCUCUCAGGAUUUCGAAUCCGCGGGAUCCAGAAUGCGCGGUGAAAGACAACACUUCAAUCUUCUUAUCAUGGGUCGCCCCAAUGCGCGCCGCUGACGUUGAUCAUUAUGCCGUGAAUAUAGAACUAGGCGGGCGGCAGAUUGAGAAGUACAAGACUUAUCACACAAGAAACUUGCGUUAUCUUUUGAAGAAUCUGACGCGCGGCACAUGGUAUUAUAUCCGCGUCAAUGCCGUGGCCAAACAGCACCGUGUUGAUGAGGUGGCCCGGAAGAUCAAGCGGAAAAUAACUCUUCCGAGUUUUCAGAGUGAAAUUGUCGCAUGUAAAACGGCCGAAGCAAGACCCGGACCUCCCAAAAAUGUGUUCUGCAAUGUCAGCAAAAAUGCGCACACUGCUAAAGUCACGUGGUUGCCGCCAGAAUACCCACGUGGCCUAAUUACCAAAUAUGUCAUUCGAUACAAGCAUUUGGCGCGGAAAAUAAAAACAGAAUGGAAGACUGCAGUGGUUGUUAUGGAGCCAAAUUCAAAGGGUUAUCCCCUAUUUCAUAACCUCGAUGCAGAUUACUAUAAGAAAUAUCGAAUCGAGGUUUAUGCAGUGAAUAGUGCAGGAGGCGGCCAGAGUGUUGUUGUUGAGUCAUGCGCACUGAGGAAGGCAACGACAGUACCAACGGAAAUUAACGUCAACCAAUCAGAGAGCAGCAAUGAUUUGAUGUCAAGUGACACGAAACUUGGGAUUAUCAUUGGCUGUUCAAUUGCUUCCGUUUUUAUACUGACCUUUGUGGCUGUCUUCAUUUGGAAAAAUCCAUUCAGGGUCAAGUCUGCGGAGUGCGCCCAUGAAGACCAAAGCAAAGCCACCAAGAGUGGAUUGCACAACGAUGAGUUUUUAUAUUUACAAAGGUUAGCUGCCCUGGAGCACAAUUCUUUGUACAAGGAAGCCGAUUGCGGCUCAAGAUGUUCCGCUGGAUCAAAAAAUCCUAAUGGACGUACACCCGGUGAAAACGAAGCUGCCUCACAGCCGUUAAUGCCCAGGUACCAGACAGCAAUUGAGCUGACGGGGGGCUCUAGUGGGCAGCCUGUUUGUACUUGUACAUGUCUCCUGCAUGGGCGGUUACGCGGCCAACCGCUCAGUUCGCGCGAACAACGAGAGUUCAGUUCUACGCCCGCGAAUAACAGUGGUGUUGGUAGCCGCGGCGAUAUCAAGGAUCGAAAUAGCUUGCAAUCAAGUUCGAGCAGCAACACAACUGAUGAUAUAGAUUCGGCUGAAUCAGCUGAUAGUCGGACUCAGAUUCUUAGAAAGUCAACUGAGGCUCCAUCAUACGCUUUGAAGGAGCAUUCAGCGCCCAAUAGGAACACACUACAGCAAUCAGAGAGAGACAACUCUCUGCAAGUAUGAUAUAUCUUCUUACUUAGGCCAUUAUGGAAGGACCUCGUAUCCAGAUUGGCCUACAGAUUGUACACAAUGUAAACGCGGUCGUGAUAUUAUUGCGUAUAGUCGGACUGAAGUUGUAUCCAUUUGCAUCAUAAUCUAGUAAGAUUUUUAACAUAAAUGCCUUCUCCGAUGUCCUCUUGAGUUAGCCUCGGUAUGAAUCUGUCACCUGCUAGGCAACCAAUUAUGAUUAGUCACGUGUUGUGUACCGAUGAAUCAUCUGUAUCUGAUGAUUCAAUCAUAUUCAAUCGAUCAAUGAAUCACGUGUUGUCAGCGGUUGGGUCGGCCACUUUGGGAAUAUUCAAUAAAGCCAGAUCGGAGGCCUAUUGUGUUUGAUUUUAGGCUGGUUAAUUCUUAUUUCACCCAAGGGCUGAUUUCUGUUGUAAGUUUGUAUCCCAGAUCCUCCAGUUCGAGUAAAUUUUGCAUGCUAAUAAACGAGAUCAACGGUCGGCUAUUUAUUAGCACAAACCGGGUCCUACACCAAACUGUGGUAGAGCUUUAUGUAUUUUUAAGUUUCACGCUAAGGAAAACUCAACUUUGUAAUUUUCAUCCUAUUAUUAACACACAAAUAUCAUUACAAGAUUAUCAUUCAUCAACAUCUCAUCAACUCCCCCUUAAUUACAAUAACAAGACUUUUUAUACUAUUUACAGUGCGCAUGUGCAAUUACAACAAUAGAGUGAUAAACAAAGUAUUAAUCCUACUACAGUUUGGGGGGAGGGGGAGGGCCAGCCUAUUCUUUUGAUAAGAUGACAACACAUUUGUCCAUUAUUUUAGAACAAAAGACCAUUGUCUUCCAGAACAUUUGGUGCAACCGCCCACUUUUCUCCCCCCUUUUCCCCAUCUCCCCCUUCUCCCCCCUUCUCCCCCAUCUAGGUGUCCGUCACUGAAGCAAACCAAUCAUUAUCAAUGGCAAUCUAGACAUCGCCAUAUGAAACUAGCUUUACUUACUUAUAUUCGCAUUGUAUUCAGUUUUACCAAUACCCUUAAAUACCCCAAAUUGAACCCCCAAUAACUAGAACCCUACAUGACUCUAACCCCAAUGAUUCAAAGCCUCAACAAACUGCCAACCAAACAGACGGCAUGACCGUUUGUGAUCAAACUUGCUAGCCUCUGUUAGGUGCAGCAUCAUACCGAGGCUAAGUAGGUUAUAUUGGCCAUUGUAUGUCGGUAGCCGUCUUUAGCUAUUCAAAGUUCCCUAAACGACUUUUUGUAUUUAUGCAUAUUCUUAGUCAUAUUUUUUAAAUGUACUAUAAAUAUAUCUUGUAAAUCUGGUACCCAUGGUGAUACGAACUCAUUUGCCUUGUUUUCAUUAAUGUUUGCUUCGGCGGUAUUGUGUACCACUGGAGAUCACGUGAUCGUAUAGCUUAAGUUUUUAUCGUUUCCUGUUAUCCAAUUUUGAAUUUUGUCUGCGCUCCCUUCCCUUGUAUAUUUUCCAUUCCAAGCUCAGAAAUGGGCUGUCCAAUUAAUCAGGGGGAUGUCCUUUGAUCAAGGGAAUCCCCUCAUAGAGGAGAUUCCCUGAAAAACUGGAUUCCAUUCCAAGCUCAGAAAUGGGCUGUCCAAUUAAUCAGGGGAAUGUCCUUUGAUCAAAGGAAUCCCCUCAUAGAGGAGAUUCCCUGAAAAACUGGAUUGUGAUAUGUUGACUUUCUUCUCCGAAGUUAAAUUAGGCUCUUUUCUAUGCUCUAUAAGUCUAGUUGUCUAUGCUCUUUCUAUGCGACAUAAGUCUAGUUGGAUGACCGGUUGCAAUGCACUUUUUAUAAGAAUCUUUCAUCUAAUUUAAAUUUAUUUUGAUUUUAAUGAAAUCGUACUUCGUUGAGAAUGUGUAUAGGUAAACCCAUCGUAUUAUAAGUCUUCGUAGAUUAUUAUAUAUGGCCUUUGGUGUCAUUUCAAGGUCAUAGGGCCAAAAGUAAGGUCAAAUAACUUAGCCAGGGUCAAGGGUCAAAUUGUCACGUCUUUGUGAUCCACAGUGACUUCGAACAGUGACAUCAGCCACAUCUUGCUUAUACGUCAGCUCUACGACCCACGAGAGUAUCUCCUACCCUGCCUUCUGUCAUGCUCUGUUUAGAAAGAAAAAGACGAGUCAAAGGUCUGUAAGUUCAGAGUUGAGAGUUGAAACCCGUAGGAAAAUGGCCCGAAUCCCUCUUAUUGGCAGUUAUUCAUAGUAAACGUCCAUAUUAGUUCUUUAACCUUGGUAACCCGAAUCAGGGCUGUGUUUACUCAGCUACAGUUUUCGCAGUGUUUCAAAUACGCGGGUAUUGAGGUCAAAAGUUAAAGGUUGAAGGUGAUAAUUGAGAAAGGUUAGGGCUACAAGAGGGUAGCCGCUAGAAUGAAACUCCAAUUCUCGCUCAAAAGGUCAAAGAUUUUACUAUAAAUAGCCUCAAAAGACCAUGAUGUUAGGAAAACCUUUUAGGCAAAGCACAAAGCAGAGCCCUCAUGACCUCGUUAAAAGAUAUUCCAUCACCUUUGUAGUCUUGUGUAUAGCGCAUUGUUUUGUGAUAAUUAUUAUCCCGGUUAAAAUAUCAUCGAUCAUUGUGAUGAUUAUUACUAUCAAAAUAACAGUGUUUGUGAUACUGAUAUUGUCAUUUAAACAGUGUUUGUAAUUUUGAUGUUAUCAAUAUUACAGUGUUGUGAUACUGAUAUUGUUAAUAUUACAGUGUUUGUGAUACUGAUGUUAUCAAUAUUACAGUGUUGUGAUACUGAUAUUGUUAAUAUUACAGUGUUUGUGAUACUGAUGUUAUCAAUAUUACAGUGUUGUGAUACUGAUAUUGUUAAUAUUACAGUGUUUGUGAUACUGAUGUUAUCAAUAUUACAGUGUUGUGAUACUGAUAUUGUUAAUAUUACAGUGUUUGUGAUACUGAUGUUAUCAAUAUUACAGUGUUGUGAUACUGAUAUUGUUAAUAUUACAGUGUUUGUGAUACUGAUGUUAUCAAUAUUACAGUGUUGUGAUACUGAUAUUGUUAAUAUUACAGUGUUUGUGAUACUGAUGUUAUCAAUAUUACAGUGUUGUGAUACUGAUAUUGUUAAUAUUACAGUGUUUGUGAUACUGAUGUUAUCAAUAUUACAGUGUUGUGAUACUGAUAUUGUUAAUAUUACAGUGUUUGUGAUACUGAUGUUAUCAAUAUUACAGUGUUGUGAUACUGAUAUUGUCAUUAUUACAGUGUUUGUUAUUUUGAUGUUAUCAAUAUUACAGUAUUGUGAUACUGAUAUUGUCAUUAUUACAGUGUUUGUAAUUUUAAUGUUAUCAAUAUUACAGUGUUGUGAUACUGAUAUUGUCAAUAUUACAGUGUUUUUGAUACUGAUAUUGUCAAUAUUACAGUGUUGUGAUACUGAUAUUGUCAAUAUUACAGUGUUGUGAUAUUGAUGUUAUCAAUAUUACAGUGUUGUGAUACUGAUAUUGUCAAUAUUAAAGUGUUGUGAUAUUGAUGUUAUCGAUAUUACAAUUAUGUGAUUUUGGCGAUCAGUAUUACAGUGUUUGUGAUAUUAAUAUUAUCAAUAUUACAGUGUUUGUGAUUGGCGUCCUGCGAGACAAUGUCAUAUGUUACCAUUGAUAUCAAAGGCUGUUGAUACUCUACGUAAAAUAAUACAAACAGGAUUUACAUUGUCGUUGUCGUCAGUAAACUUAUCAUGGUCAGAGGUGCUAAAUGAACACCCCUCCCGCCUUUUGUAUAUUUUCCGAUUUUUCCGUCCUCCUCCCUGAGCUUUUUAGGACCCCCUUUUUUAUUGAUAAAAUACUUAACGAGCUAUUGUUAUUGUCAGAAACUUUGGGGCCCUGACCAGCUCGGGGCCUGGGACUACCGGCGUACGGAUGAGUCUUGCAAACAGUUUAGCUGCAAAAUGGAUAACGUAUGUUGUUGCGACGGUUUAAGAUAGGUCUUAACGUAUAUUCCAUACAUUCCGAAGUCCAGAAUCAUUGGUACCCUGACCAGCUCGGGGCGUUGGACUAUCUAAAAUGUAUAUUCCUACUCACUUCGGGUGUGAUGUAUGUUAUUUGUACAUAAUGACUUUGUUACCAUGGGAGUUAUUUAUGGUAUAACACUA